GAUUGAUGUCUUUCUGACAUGGCGGAGAGUCCCUUUUUCUUCUCCUUACAUAUCUUGAAAGCGCCCCAAUGGGAUUCAUCGCUGCGGCGGUUGAGUGACGUCGGUGGGGCUCCGGCAUAGGCAACAUUCCACUCUUCAUGCGGCGGAUCAUGAAGAAUACAACUCAGCCCUGACUAGAAGAUCAAUCCUUAGGCAGUUGUAUUCUAAAAAAGGAUCGCGGAGGCCCUAUCUUUAUUCGUUCCCUGCACAAUGUCCACAGUCACGGAGGAAAAGCUUGCAAUCCUGCAGCAAUUCUCCGCGUGCGAUGUAUCUGACGCCCUUAUGAAAGUAGAGAAAGUGCCCAAGGGUGCACCCGCACACGGAGGCUUCCUAGCCGACCUUGGUCCUCUCAUCCUCUCCCCAUCUUCAACGUCCUCUAAGACUAUCGCUCCCAUCUCCACCGUUCAGUUCAUCCCCAAAGCCCAACCCUCCCUCCACAUCGCACAACAAGACCCGGAGCGUCACGGCUUUCCCGAAGCCACGCACUGGGUAGAUCACACCCAGCGCGACACCAUCGUCCUGCUUGAUCAGCCCGAAGGCCAAAAAUGUGCUGUUCUCGGCGGAAUCAUGGCCGCGAGGAUGAGCGUUAUCGGUGCCAAAGGAGUAAUCGUUAACGGAAGGGUGAGGGAUAUGGCUGAACUGAAAGCAAGUGGGCUACCGAUAUGGGCGCGCGGUCAGUCCACCGUUGGCACGGGUGCUGAAGCCAAACCUGGUGCACGAAAUGUACCGAUUUCUGUUAGUGGUGUCGCAGUUUCGCCGGGUGACAUCGCAUUUUGUGAUCCACUUGAAGGAGUCGUGGUAAUUCCGCAGAACUUGCUCGACGACGUUCUGGCGUUAAUGCCGAAACUUGUCGAAGCUGAUGACCGGGUCAAGGAAGAUGUAUUGAAUGGCUGUACUGUAUUUGACGCCUUCAAAAAGCAUCGAGGAGCGUAA